CCUAGGAGAAGAGGUUUGCCUGAAAUCACGCUUCCACGUUGGCAACCUGAUGCCGAAGUGACAUAUUGCCCGAUCUGCCAUCAACAGUUCAGCUUUCUUGUUAGGAAACAUCAUUGCCGAAAAUGUGGGAGGGUAGUAUGUGCUAGUUGCUCACCGCACCGUAUCACAAUUCCCCACCAAUACAUUGUGAGACCGCCUGGCGACAUGUCACGUCUCCGGGCCUCGGUUCUGUUCGGCGAAGAGGGCGGUGUUGCCGACUUUAGCGCCAUCGGCGGUGGCGAGCGUGUACGGCUAUGCAAUCCAUGCGUUCCGGACCCCAAUACGACGCCGCCACAUGCUCAACGGUCACCGGGUACCGACCUGCUCCAGCCGAGGUCAGUUCACCACAGGUCACAUAGUAGUGCCUCGGGGACUGGGAAUGCCGGUAAUUUGAUUGGCAAUGCACCCAACGAUGCUGGUUCUAGAAGCAGGAGCGCCACGCUACAGUAUUCCAGUUCACAUCGAGCAGGUUCGAGGGGUGUUCCUUCUCUGACACAAAAUCUAACGCAAAAUCGAAUCCUAUCCGGCACUCCCCCGACGUAUUAUCCUUAUCCCUCCGGGUAUGCGUCUUCAUCCUCCUCGCGGUAUCAGCCACCCGCUCAGCCCCAUUACCAAUCACUUCUCGACAACCUUGCUGCCUCGUCGUCUUCCUCGGCAGCUUCCCGGAACAAUCGCCCCUUACCGCCGCCGCCGCCGCAGCAGAUCCCAGAGGAAGACGAAUGUCCCGUCUGCCACCGUGAGCUACCGUCUCAGCGAUUGCCCAACUUCGAGGCUUUACGCGAGUCGCACAUUACCACGUGCAUCACCCAGCACAGCACGUACGGACCGCCGGCGGCCACAUCUAAUCAACUAGGCGCUCAUGGAACACCCCCGCAGCGCAUAGCACGCCGGACUGGCAUGUUUCCGUAUGCGGCCACUGAGAAGGACUGUGUCGACUCGGCCGAAUGUACCAUCUGUCUCGAGGAGUUUUCCGUUGGCGUGCCCAUGGCACGACUGGAGUGUCUGUGCAGGUUCCACCGCUCUUGUAUAGAGGCUUGGUUCGUCAACCACCCAGGUCGGUGUCCUGUCCAUCAGCACGACAGCUUUGGCUAUUGA